UUGCUUCCUCAAAGGGUUCCCCCACCCCUACGCGGAGGAGACUUGCUUCCGGCGCCGGGUGGGCGCAGGUUGGAUUCCCGCUGCGCUCCGGAGAGGUGUCCCGGGAGCACCGCUUUCCCGAACGCCGGCGCCGGAAGCUGGUACCGUGGCCGCGCCGGAAGAGCCCCGGUCCGGGCGAGAGGCCCGUACGGGGCCAUGAACGGGACCGUGAACCCGCUGCUGGACCGCGAGGAACACUGUCUACGGCUCGGGGAGAGCUUCGAAAAGCGACCACGAGCCUCCUUCCAUACCAUUCGUUAUGAUUUUAAGCCAGCAUCUAUAGAUACUUCCUGUGAAGGAGAGCUUCAGGUUGGCAAAGGAGAUGAAGUCACAAUUACGUUGCCACAUAUCCCUGGAUCCACACCACCAAUGACUGUGUUCAAGGGGAACAAACGGCCUUAUCAGAAAGACUGUGUGCUUAUUAUUAAUCAUGACACUGGUGAAUAUGUGCUGGAAAAACUCAGUAGCAGCAUUCAGGUCAAGAAAACAAGGGCUGAGGGGAGCAGUAAAAUCCAAGCGCGGAUGGAACAGCAGCCCAGUCGUGCCUCACAGCCAUCACAGCCGCCCCCGCCCCCGCCCCCUAUACCCUUUAGAGCUCCAACGAAGCCUCCAGCUGGACCCAAAACUUCUCCCUUGAAAGACAACCCUUCACCUGAACCUCAGCUGGAUGACAUCAAAAGAGAGCUGAGGGCCGAAGUGGACAUUAUUGAGCAGAUGAGCAGCAGCAGUGGCAGCAGCUCCUCCGACUCGGAGAGCUCCUCGGGCAGCGAGGAGGACAGCUCCAGCAGCGGAGGCGAGGACAACGGGCCCCCGUCUCCUCCACAGCCGUCCCACCAGCAGCCCUACGGCAGCAGGCCGGCCAUUGCCAACGGGACCAGCCGGCCGCAGGGAAGCACCCAGCUCAUGAACACCCUCAGAAAUGACUUGCAGUUGAGUGAAUCUGGGAGUGACAGUGAUGACUAGAGCUGGCUAUUUCGAAAUCAACUUUUUGGUGCACAGAUCUGCUACAAGACCAGGCUGCUUUGCAUGGAGUCCAUUGCCAAGAGGAAAGUGUUGUGGAUCAGUGACUGUAGUAGGAAUUUGAGGCUCUGCAGCUCUCAGAUAUUCAAGUCUUUAACUUAGUGGUGAUGGGUGAUUUUUUUCCGUGUAAUUUUUGAACAAUCUCGUAUUUCAAAGUUUAAGUAGAUCUAUAGAGGAACUAACAGAAUUAUAUUUCUGUUUGGUUAACACUGUUAAUGAAAAAACAGGCAAAUGUGCCCUGGUCUAGGUACUCAAAGGCCAUUUCUUCACCAGGCCAGUGAUUCCAUUGUAAUCCCCAGGUUGACCAAGUGGUCUGCACAAGUGACGUGAGCAACGGUCUUUGAGGGGCAGGUGAGAGGGGGAAGUCUCAAACCGCAGCAGAGAAGGGUGCUGAAACCACUUGAAAGUGUGGAAAUGAAGCAGUAAGAAGUUUUGUCUGACUCAGCCUGACAAGCCUGUGUAGAAACGGACUUCAAGGGGGAGUCCUCAAGUGUCAGCUGGCAGGAGCCUGGAGCCUGGCAGUUCAGCCCCCUCGUUUACAAGCAGGGAAGGGAAGCACACCGCUGGCUUAGCCUCCUGCCCCCGUCCAGGCUCUUCCCACGGCUCCCUUUCGCGAAUCUCACCUACUGGAACCAGAGGUUCUUGUACAUGAGACUUACAAAUGUGCAUAGGAACUUUUAUUGGAUUCUUAAAAGAUAAGAGUGUUGGGUACUUCCAGCUCAAAUUCAGAUCUAGACAGUCCUGAAGUACGUGAGGCUGGUGUAGCAGAUUAAACCACUGCUGACACAUGUGACUCACUUGAAUUGGGGCUUUUAGUUCCAUGUAGCUCCAUAAUACUAAAGUGUUUUUCAUUCAGUAGAUUUUAGUAGGGGAGGUAGGAGUGGAAGAGAGGUGUAGUGGAGAAAUCUUUCUAAAAUGAACCAGCAGCAGGUUUUCAAAAACCAGAAUAUAAAUAGGACUUCUGCAAUAUGAAAUGAGCACAUUCUUUUGAUAAGAUGUUUAUGCUUAUGUGUUUGUACCACUGUUUGUGCCUGACUCCCAGACUGAUUUGUAGUUUUAUAUAAAGUCAGAAGAAAGCCACAAGAUUGCCUUCUGCAGUGUGCAGUUUCCAAAUGAAUCUGUUAUUGCAGGAAACUGGUCACUAGUGAGUGUUUCAAAUUGAGUGAAUGUCCCGUAAUUAGUUUGUGGGUAAAUUAGAAUGUCCCAUAAUUAGUUUGUGAUAAAUUGUCCCAUUUCUGUAAUUUGAAUGAGUAUGUCCUGAGAAAUUUCCAUCUACUUUAGUGAGUGGGUAUCAGGAACAUUAAGUAUGAUUUUCUUUCCCGGGGUCCCUAUACUCAGAUGGCCUCUCCUUCCUCAGCUAGAGGAGGGACACAGUCUGGACCAAGAAAGGACGUAGAUGAUCCAAGGUGGCAGCUUUGGUUAGGGUCGAGCCUUACAGUCACCGGCUUUAACUGCAUAGCGACCCCAGUGGCCGCUGCCCUACCGACGGCCGGGGGCGGCGCGCCCUGCAGCCCUGUGCUCGGUUCUCAGCCCAUCUUGAGGGCCAGUGAGUUCGAUGGCAUGUAGGGACUUAUUUAUAAUGAAUUGAUAAUUGCUUUAUAAUUCCUUAGUAAUGACAGCUCAGGGAGGGUGAAGGUCAUGAUUGGGAGAUAUGAACUGUUACUGGAUGUGGGAAUGUUUCACUGCUCUUAACUUGCUCAAGUUGGAGCAGGUUUCAGGAACUUGAACUAAAACUCUAUUUAAGCCUCUUUUUUUUUUUUCUCCCAAAGUCUUCGCAUACAUAGACAGAACUGUGGUUUUGGCAUGUCAGGCAAAGAUAUUUGUUUCUGUAGGAAAUGCUUGUAUGUAGCACUGGGUUUGGCGAGUCAAGCGCUCUGAGCUUCAGACUCUCUCCUGUCGUCCGUCCUCCCGACCCUGCCCGGUCAUCCUCAGGCGCGGCUCCAGUUUGGCUCUUUGCACAAAGCCUUCGGUGGUUCCCUCCCCUGCCCCCUCUGGCUUUACCCGACGGAGUAGGGAAUCUUCUUUUUGGAAAUCAAGAAUUUGGCCUUACAGACCACUUCUCACAGAUACUCUCACGCCAGCCAGACUGGUCUUGUUCUUCCUGCCUCUGUGCCUUCUCAGUGUCUCCCCCUCUUCCUGCCAGGCCUCACUCCUGAGGCGCCGUCUCCUGCAGGGCCUCUGUCAGACUCACCCUCUGCUCUUUCCAACCAACAGCAGUGCCGUGGGUGCCUCCUGAACGCCGUGCUUGAGCUCUGGUUAGUACGAACUCCUUAGAAGCAGAGACUGUCACGCUCAUCUCCAUCCCUGGGAUCCGCAGGAGCAGACAUUCGGACGCUUGUAGCUGGUGGGGAGGAGGCAGAGAGGGUAGACGUAGAGAAGACAUUCGAGGCGUUUGGAGAUAGCUGAAACUAUUCAUGCUGAUUUUCAUUAUUUUAAAGUUUCCUAACUAAAUUGUUAAAAUUACCUUUUCUUUGUUUUAUAUGUCUACCAUACUGGGGGGCAUUAGGCAGGGUGUAAAGACCUAAGUCUGAGUUAUCUGAGGAGUCAUGGCAAGCCACAGUAAAGACAUGAUUUGGGAAAACAAAAACAAACCAGAGAUUUAUAAUGAUGCCACUCAUUAACUAUUUUAUUUCUGUAGCAGGAUCAUUUUUUCUAUGUGUGGUAUUAAUAUGUAUGUGCUUCAGCAGUGGGAAAACUUGAAAAUUCCAAAAUCCUUGCUUCCCUAUUUGAAAGGCUGGUUGAGUAGGAUAUGUGUGGGUGUGUGUAUGUGCGAUGUAUUUAUUACAUUAUUUUGAAAGAGUAAUACUAUGAUACGUGGAUAUAUAUAUUAGGUACAGCCAAAUUGGGCGUUUCCAUUUGGCAAGGAAGGUAGGAUUUCUGAAACUCAGGCCUUAACCAGUAUGUUGGAAGACAAGACCAAUCGAAGAUUUAUGAAAUGUGUGUUUUUGUUGUCCCUGUUAUUUGUCUUGGGUUCACUGUCUCAUUCUUUAAUGAUUUUAAAAAUUUUGUGCUUAAAAGUUUAUUUUGCUUAAUUAUGAAGUAGAUGUGCAUGUUUACAUUUAUGUAAAAUAUUUGCUGUGUAAAGUUUUUUUGGUUUACUCUCAAAAGAGCACUAUAUUUAAGUAAAAAU